UUUUUCACGAUCAAAUGCACACGCACUCAGACAAGGAAGGUGCGAAGAGACGCGAAAGACCGAAAGGAGACAGCGAGCAGUUCGCUGCACUCGCUUUCUGGAUUACGGAUUAAUGUUUUACUUGGGGCUUUCAUUUAUAAAUUAGUCUCAGACAUGAUCUGAUUCGUCCAUCGUAUUUAUAAUAAUCAUUAGAAUUGUAGCUAGCCCGACUUCGCAUUCAACAAGCGUUCUUUUCCCUCUAGCGUUUUGACAUUUGACUAUAUUAGAAUGGUGGGUAGAAAGAGAGAAAGUAUUGUCGAAAACACCAAAAUGAAAUAUGAAUUAAGUAUGAAUUAAGUAUUUCAUAGACACGAAUGCAGUAAAGCUUACCGCUUCUUUCUGUUCUGCUUUGUUGGUUUGAGCCAGCAGUAAUAAAUGGACUGAAAAAGCGGUUGCUCACUCAAAUUGAUCCUCCCCGCCCCGCUCCCCUCCCUCGCCCCCCAAAAAGGCGCUGCAAAGACGCGAGCAUACUUUCCUGUUUAAUUUAUUUCUUUGGGCCAUUUUCCAUAUAUUACAUACUGUAUAAUUAUGUCAUUCCGCAUGCCAUGCCCGGGGGGAGCACUUGAGUAUUUUUUGGGUGGGUACGUGCCGCCCAGGACUCCAAACUGGCACCCCGUUCUAAAAAAAAUUUCCCCUAAAAUUGAUACCCCGUUCUAGAAAUGGGCCAAUUUUUUAUACCCCGUUCAAAAAUUCGCCCUAAAACUGAUACCCCGUUCUAGAAAUGGGCUCGCCCCAAAAUACGCCCACCCUGCACGCUAAAACACAGGGUGCAACAAGAGUACAACAGUUUACUUGUUAACCCAUUGAACCGUAUUUUAAAAGCAAUCUGUCCUGGAAUAAUUUCAAAUGGCUGCUUUCAAAACUGGAGCUUUCGUGCGUUCUAAAUAUUUUACCCCGUUCUAGAAAACGCCUCUGAAAUGGAUACCCCGUUCUAAAUCAGGAGCUUCAAAAUCACGACCCCGUUGGGCGGCACAUACCCGUAUAGGUAAUGUAUGCAAGUACCCCCGCCCCCUUCGGGAUGCCAUGCCACAUUCCGCAACUCAUUCCGCCUUUUAACCUCACCGUUUUCCUCCCUCAUCGGGAACUUUGUUUAAAGAAAUCCAAGUAAUUUAACACGUCAUUUAGGGAUUUUAAUCAAUGGUGAUUCCAUAAUGAUUGGAUAGGGUCAAUGAUGAAGCUAUGCAUAGCAAAGUGAAUUAAUUACAUUGUUUUUCUUUUAAAUAAGCCAGAUGGCGAGAAAGCUUGUUCUUGUUACACUUUUGAAAGUGAUCAUCAAUUACUGACGUGGCCGAAAGCAAGGGCGUCUUGUAAAUAUAACAAGAAAGAUCUCGUGGCCAUGGAAACAGAGAGAGAGUGGCAGUUUAUCACGAAUGAGCUCAAGAAUCGGACAACAACAAAAAAUGAGUGGCACAUAGGGUUGUUUUGGAACAGAGCAGUUAGUAACUGGACUUGGGUCAACGGUAAACCGCUGACUAUAAUGAAAUGGCGGGAUUCUGAGCCUAGUAGAAACAGUUACUACGCUCUCAUUGGUAAAGAAUGGCCCAGAGGUUCUUAUGGGAAAUUUGAUGGCAUCAGAGGCGACAUUAAAAGAGCCUGGAUAUGCGAGGAAGAAACAGGUGUGAUUAUCAAUUAUAUUUUUCAUUUUCAGAGUCUUGUGGUCUAACUAAGUUCUUUGCAGGUCUACAUAUAAUGUAUAAUUAUUUAAUGGUGACGUUGUGCUUGCCUCUUAGGCUGAUCGAUUGAUAGCCCUUUUGGCAGAAUGUUGCACUGAGAAAACUUUAAAAAAACAGCAGUGCUUUCCAGAUUCCAUCACAAAAUCUUUAUCAUGUGACAGAAUUCGACAUUUUGUCACGUGAUUCCAACUGGAAAUCACGUGACAAAGUGAUUCGGUAGACUCCAGUAGCUCGUAACAGUCAUUGGCAAUCAUUCUACAAUACAUACCAGUUCUAUCACUUAUACAGAUGUACAUAUGCGAGAGUCACGUAUCCCGAGCGCAAGUUCCGUUCACCAGUUAUCGUUAAUCGGAAUGCGGUCUAACUGACCACCAUACGGGAUAUCUUUUCGUGCAGACACGAGAUGCUAUCCAAUAUAUAGUGUGAACACCUAAAUAUCCGAUAUGUGACUCUCCAAUUUACAGAUCAGCGCAGCGCAGGCUCGCUCAUCAGUACUGAAAUCACAUCCGGUAGAGUGUAAACAUAGCCUAAGACCAACACAAAGGAGGACGAUACGAGGUAAAAAAGAAAGCAACUUCAGCCUUUCACAUCUUAACAUCAUCUUCAGACAGAACCAGACGUACAAGAAAUAGUAAUUUGAAAAGGAAACAUACAUUUAGAAAAUUAUAUUAGGGUACGAUUCCAAAUGCCUUGUCUGUAACUUCUAGGCCUACUUCGUGAUAAACUACAGGGUAUCGAAAUAAUACUAGAUGCGAGAGAAUUUCCAAGGACUUUUGUAUAUACGAUCAGGUUAAUUCAGCUGCUAUCUUUGGCAAGAGCAUAACUGGUAUCCGGGAUCAUGGUCUACACGCUGUCUACAGCUUGUAUUCCGUCUUCUAGACAAGCUAUACUGUCGACUCCCGAUAACUCGAACCUUCAAGGGAAAUCUAAAAAGGUUCGAGUUUUCGGGAGUUCGAAGCAAGUAACCGGAAAUGAGGAAAUAAGGAAUUAGGCAACAAAGUUUCAUUGAUAUACAGGGGUGGACACUGUAGUUAAACUGGACUGACGACCUAAACUGAAAGGACAAAGAAUAAAAAGCUGUUUAGAAGUAUUAAAUUCUAUGUUUUGGACUGCAGUGCACAAUUUUCUUCUUUUCGGAUCGACUUGUGACACGCUUUAAACAUGGUUCGAGUUAUCGAGGGUAAAAUUACAUAGAAAUCAUCUGAAGGGAAGCAAAAAUUACUUCGAGUUAGCGGGAGGUUCGAGUUAUCGAGGGUAAAAUUACAGUAAAUGUAUGAACUUAAUCCAGGGGAAAUCGAUUUUGGUUCGAGUUAGCGUGAGGUUCGAGUUAUCCGAGUCAGCUUUAUUUCUUUUCGCUUUUUUGUUUUUUGGUUUUUAACGCCAGACACCUGUGAAGGGGUUUGUAUGCCUCAUAAUCCAGCUGUAACAACAAUAGCAACGCCACUAGUAACAGCCACUACGAAAGAAAGGACAAGUUUCAACAUAGCAGAUACAACUUAUUUUUCUUCAGGUUUGCACGUUUAUAUGUAUCUUUAAUCUUCAUUGCGGGUUUUCUAAGGUCAUAUAAGUGUCCAUGAUUCACAGAUACAUACUUCAAACCGCCUAGAUAAGUAGUCCUGGUCAAAACUCUUGGGACACUAACGCAAUAGCUCGUCAAAUUGAGGCAUCUUCCCUCCCCCCUUCCCCCUCGGUGCAGUGUUGACGUUAUGUAUUCAAGUUUUAAUUCAACAUAAUCAACACUGCUUGGGGGAGAGGGGGACAGCAGAAAUAGCCCCUUAUAACAACAUCCCCCAAGCUUUUCUAAGAGGUAGAAUACGAGUUAAUUUAGCAAAGUGCGUCUUUGUGCCUAAUUUCCUCAAGUGUCCCAAGACGUUUUGACCAGGGUUGUAGAUCUAGAUGGCUAGAUAAACAACUAAUCAAAUAAAACAAAUAACUAAUACAAAUUAUAAAAAUAUAAUUAGAUUUAACAUCUGGAAAUGAAGGAACAACGUGCCGAUGGUCGAUGGUGUACGUUGCUCACAGAACUAGAAUUCUCAUUGACUCAGACGUACAGUAAUCAUUAGCUGAUUUUCUAUUCUUGUAGUUCUAGUGGUAUACACCUUAGAAACCUGAAAGAAGUACGUAAUCAGGCAGUAACUAUUCUAUUCUUCUCUUGACAGAUAUUACGACUUUGGCCAGAACGUCGAGUUUAAGUGAGCGAAAAACUGCCAAAAAAGAUUCGUCCACAGGUGUCAUUGUAGCAGCGUCACUAGGAACAGUGUUAUUUGUUGCACUAAUUGCACUUGCUGCUUUGAUUUUGCUAAAGCGAAGAAGGGGGCAUAGUUCGAAAGGUAUAAAUGCUUUUCCCAUAAAACAUCAUCUGUUGAAAGGUUAUGCCGUCCGUAUGAUAUCUCUUUGCCAUAUUUUCCAUCGAAAAAUGUCUACCGGUUGUGUUAUUGGUCCGUUAACCUUGCUUGAAUUUAACCCUCGGACGUAGAAGGGGGCAGGGGGGGGGGGAUGGUUGCCACCUUUCCUUCUGAUGUUUUUCUGAGUUUUUUGCUAGACAAUAAAACAUCAGCACCAGACGUUUUCAGCAGCUGUUCGUUUAUCCCUCGCGCGAAUUAUGAGACAAGUUUAGUGGUGGUGAAUCUCUGUGGUUACAAGAUAUGACGUCAUAAGUAGCAGGUGGUCAAGCCAUUUUUGAUUGAAAAUAAGGUUUUUUCAACUCCUUUCAACAAUAAAAGUAAACCUUGUGACUAAAAUGAUGCAAAGUGCUCAUUUUUGCGUUAUUUUUCAUGUCAAGCACAAAAAAUUACCAUUUCUCGCGGUUUUAUCCUGAUUUCUAAUUCUUGGUAAAAUCGGAGAUUGCGGCUAAGAUGGCGACCAUUGUUGGUGACGUCACAGGCCUCCAGCAACGCCACCACCCAUGAAAUAUACCUCAUCUGUUGAGAAGAUCAAAGCCUUUCCACUGAAGGCAAAAUCGUUUCGAAAUACUAGCUGCAACAUAUCAAAAAUUCCAAGGACGGGUUCCAUCAACCCCAACCCCUCUUGUACCACGGAGGGUGUAUGAAUUUGCGUGUACGUCCGAGGGUUAAUUUCCGUGACUUUUUCUUGAACUUGAAAAUUGGUAUUACCUGGCUGUUUUCUUUGCAGUUGUUAGUUCCAGAUUCAUAAUUAAAGGCCUAUACUGAAUCUUUUCUCAGCUCUAUAUUAAAUCGCUUUACUUAGGCUUCAUUUGCCUUAGAAGACUUUAAAAAAAAUCUUUUUUCCGACAAAUAGAGAUUUACAUUGUGAAUUUCAAUAUCGACGUUCCAAAUAAGUACGAGUCCGAAUGCAAAGCUAUGGUUUUCAGUGCACUAUUCGACUCCUCACUUUAUCGGUGAGAUCGUCGAGAUCUAGCGCUUAUCAUGAGUAGCCAGUGUAGCAAGUCUCGCCCGAGUCUAGCUUGGGCAAAGAUUUUAAAUCUAUCGCUCUUCUGGAACAUCUGAACAAAACAUGACGUUACGGUAUAAGCACUGGACGAUUUUAUGGGGAAAUAAGACACUGUGAACAAUCUGUGCGCUGUUAAUAAUGGUCAUUCCAGCUGGUUAAUGCAUUUUUUCUUCUUUCUUUUUAGAUUCUGAAAAGCCCAAGAAAAACGCCCUGUAAGUGUUAUUAAUUAAUCGUCCAUUGAAAUCACGUCAUUUUUUUUGACAUUCUGUCCCUAAAUGUGCCACUUCAUUGUAAGAAUACCCACUCAGUUAAUAUGUGAUUGUUCAAGUGGCCCAUAUGUGCGUUCUUUAUAAUAAAAUGGUCUUUUUUUUUCAAAUCUUUUGACUCCUUUUGUCAAUUCAAAGGAACCAACCAGAGAACUCGUACGAAUCCGUCGAUCCUGUUGAGGCUGCAAAGCUGCUUGAUACCGGCGAAGUUAGUCUCAUAAAGACUGAACAAGUAGAAUACGAUAUGGUCAACAAAAAAGAGGACACAAAGGUAUACAACAAUGGGAUUCUCCUUUUAAAUACGAAUCGUACAAAAUCAUAAAAGAUCAUGCGCAGUGAGGGUCUCGUUUCACUGUCUUUCGUAAUGUUGGUCAGCAGUAUUUGAUCAAACAAAAAGAUAAGACGAAUUAUUAUGAAGUACGCAGACUUAAUUUACUUUUUAUCAGGAGGAAAAAAAUAUUAAAAUAAAGGAUGCUGGGGUUAUUAACAAAAUACUAAUUACCGUUGUUCGUUUUAAAACUAAAUCGGUCUGUAUCAUACUAGUCUGUUUUUCUUCAAUACGGCUUAGAUCCCAAGGAAGCUUCAAUCGAGAAUUUGUUGCUCUUUACGGUCAAAAGUAUAGAGUACUAAAGUGUGACGUCAUAAAAAUGAAAUUUCUGAAAUUAUGGGAUUUGUCACGAUAUUUUGAAAGAACAAUGUCCAGGAGGCCUACUUGCCAAAAUUGAGCAUUUCGGGGCAAAUUGUCUCUGAGAUCGUAGCCCAGUUAUGCUUAGAAAACUCCACACAAACCCUUCUAAAUUUUUUUGGCUCGACCCCCCAAAAAUUAGAAGGGUUUGUAUGAAGUUUUCUGAGUAUAACCGGCUAACAUCUCAGGAAUAAUUUGCCUGGAAAUGCUCAUUUUUGGCAAGUAGGCCUCUUGGACAUUGUUCUUUCAGAAUAUCCUGACAAAUCCCAUAAUUUCUGAAAUUUCAUUUUUAUGACGUCAUCACUUUAGUGCUUUAUUGUCAACAACUAUAUCAAGUAUGAUAUGUCUACCUUUUGCUUUAACAAAAGAAUCCUGUUUUACAGCCAAAAAAUAGAGAGCACGUGGAUUUGACUGAACAAGCACCUCCUAAAAUGAACCAUGAGUACGCUGUGGUUAACAAGAAGAACCGAAAGGUGAGUUAUGUUAACUUAACCGUCAACAAAAAGGCUUCAUCUUGAAACAAUGAACCAGUUUCUUGUUUUACUAAAUAAAUAUUUUCAUAAAAACCCUCCCUUAAACUUGCGAGCAAUGGAAAUAUUUGCGCAAAUUUCAGCUGCAGUUCGUCGUCAUUGAUCGCUCGCUUCAGGAGCAAAAGGUAAAAGCAGGUCCCUGAUCGAGCCACCUGCAAAUGGCGUGCUUAUUGCAGCCAGGACAUAAAGGCUGUUAGGGUUAAACGUAAAAGACGUACAAGGCUUUGACUCACUCUCUGUGACUUAAUGAGUCAAACAUGCCACUAAAUGUAUUUUCUCACUUUUCUUUCUUCCUCUUUUUCGUAUAAUUCUUUUUCCUAUUUAUGUUUACAGCAAAAGAAAGGAGAUGUUUUAUACGCUCAGCUUGAUAUGCCUGAGUCUGACGAGCCCGGAAACAACAUCAAAGUACGCAAACCUGCUCCGUACGCGCCCACGGUAUAUGCAGAUGUGACACCGACAGAAGUGAUAAAUAAGGCGGAACCAGAUUCAAAGCUACCAACAUACGAGAACGUGCAGAAAACAACGGUUGGAGUGUAA